UUAAAAAAAAACACCAAAACUAUGCGCUCGGCGGCUGGGCCGAACUGUGGGCCUAAUUUCUUCGGUUGACCGAACUUGGCGUCCGGCCGGAUUCCUCGAGUCUCGUCCUCUCGCACGGCGGCGCCGCCAUCUUCCUCUUCCUUUUCACCGGAGAAAGGCAGUCACCAGGCCAACUCCUGGUGGCCCCACCGGAGAAGAAGAUCGGGAGGCAUCAAGAGCCAGUAGUACUCCCCCGAUCGACUCGUCGAUUGGAUUGGUGAUCCAACUUUCGCUUUUUUGCCCCUUUCGUUGGUUAUUGGGAAACCAUUCUUUGUUGUUUGGUUUUUCUUGGAAGUCUAAAUGGGAUCAGAAGGACCUUCAGUUGUGACUGUCCAUGUUACUGGAUUCAAGAAGUUUAUUGAAGUUCCUGAGAACCCAACUGAGAAAAUAUAGAGCAACCUUAAGUCUUAUAUGGAAAAGAGAGGGUUGCCAAAAAACCUGGUACUUGGAAGCUGCACGGUUCUUGAAGUCGCAGGGCAGGGUGCACUUGGAAAGCUAUAUGAAGUUUUAGGGUCAGCUAUUUCAGACAGAGAGGAAGGGUCGCACAUAAUUUGGAUACACUUUGGGGUCAGUGGUGGUUUACCAAGAUUUGCGCUUGAGAAUCAAGCUGUUAAUGACGCCACCUUUGCUUGUCCUGAUGAGCUAGGAUGGAAACCUCAGAGGGUCCCUAUUGUACCAUCUGAUGGAGACAUCUCACGGGUUAGAAAGACUACCCUUCCAGUUAAUGAAUUAACCAAGAUGCUUCGAAAGAUUGGCCACGAUGUGAUGCGUUCAGAUGAUGCUGAUCGAUUUGUAUGCAACUAUGUGUACUAUCAUUCUCUCCGCUUCGCAGAGGAACAUGGCAUCAAAUCUCUGUUUGUGCAUGUGCCCCUCUUCUCGACAAUUGAUGAAGCAGUUCAGAUGCAUUUUGUUGCUUCCGUUCUUGAAGCUGUUGCUAGCUUGAACUAGGAGGCAACUUAUUACCAGAUCAGUGGUUGUAAGGUGUACCUUAUAGAUGUGAGAUGGUGUGGUCUUUGGUGUCAUUGUUCUUGCUCUAAGGGGUGUGCUCAAGGAAAAAUAGGUUGCUUAUAGUGUUUAUACCUAUGGUGAAUGUGGAUUAUGUGCCAUCAAAUGUUCUCAAACAUGGGCGAAAUCCUUAAAGGUGGAAAACGUGGAAACUUGGUUUCCAUAGACUUCAUGAAUGGGUUGGAAUACAUGCACUAGUACAAGAAGACAAUUGUGGAUCAUGUGAUUUCUGAUCUUUAUUUUGCACCUCUUCUAUAGAUUUUCUUUUACUUUUUAUAGACAAUAUACUCCCUCCAAUUCAAAAUACACAUCAUUAGGACAUGGGCACGGUCUGCAAUAUGAAGCUUUGACCGAUGAUUUCUAUGUAAGCAUGACAUUUGAACAAAAGGCAAUAAAAUAUUUUGAAAAUGGUUUUAUGGUGAUCAUAAUAA